AUGUUCCUAAAGUGUGAGAUAGGAAACGGUAAAGAGGCUUCUUUCUGGUGGGUUUCUUGGACAGAUUUGGGUCCUUUAAGGGAUUUCAUUGGGCAUAGAGGACCGCGAAUGCUGCGUCUAAGUCUGGAGGCUAGAGUGUCUGAAGCGGUGAGAAAUGGAGACUGGUUUCUACCAAAUGCGAGAUCGGAGGAGGUUCAAGAGCUGCAGAUAAAACUCACGGCUUUGACACCUCCGGGUCCAGAUCGUGGGGAAGACAAAUAUUUAUGGCGAACUCCAGCAGGGACUUACGGAAAUAGCUUCUCUUCUAAGGGGACUUGGGAGCAGUUAAGAAACCCGUCGCCGCAGCUAGGUUGGACCAAGCUGGUGUGGUUCAAGGAGGCUGUCCCGAGAGCCUCUUUUAUCCUUUGGUUGGUCUGUUUGGAACAAGAGACCGUUUACUCCAAUGGGGUAUGUCGGUGUCUGAUCUCUGCCCGCUUUGCUUGGCAGCUCCGGAGACGCACCCACAUCUUUUCUUUGACUGUGGGUAUUCGAAUGCCCUGUGGAUGGCGUUUGCAUCAAAGAUCUGUGGGACUAGCACACCCACGAACAUAG